GCCAUUUUCGGCCACCCAGUUGAACGAAAAGUCUGAUUAGCGUCUAGUGAUAAACGGUCUGACUGAUAAACCUAGUUUGCCAUGCUACCACAUCAGAGGGGACUAUUUGAGAUGGUCGCUACCUUACUUUAGCUAGCUUAGCGUACUUUCUAUUUAGCCUAUUGCUAAGUCUACCGCAGCCGUGAGGGAAGCGCAACUGCAAAUCUUGAUAGCGCGUUGGUGUAUGAAAGUUUGCGGUCUCUAUUUGCGUUGACCUAGGCGUGCAAGCCUGGGUAAUGUGGUGUAGUUGCUAGGGUCCAGAGGAGAUGCCAUUGAGGUUCCGGUCCUUUGCCCCGUACACGCUCCCUGGGGUUCUGGCGCUCCUCGGCUGGUGGUGGUACAUAUCCCGCAAGAAAGCCCGGCCCAACAGCCUUCAGGCUGAGGAGGAGGGGGCGGGGGUGGGUGUCGGCGUGGGGGUGGGAGCUCCAGCCAUGGGCCUGUUGAGCUCCCCAUCCGAGGGCAGCAACGGCCUGCUGGAGAAGGCCUGUUGUCAAUCCACAUCCCCCAACUCCACAAUCCACCGCAGGCCCAGCAAGGACAGACCCAAAGCCCCAGAGUCCAAGACUCCAGAGCAGGCACAGCCGGAGCCACCUCAGCAGGAGGUGGUGGUGGUGGCAGCACAGGUCCACUCCCCUCUGGGCACAACCGCCGCUGCCGAGCCCAAGGCCCUCUCAGUCUCAGCGUCCCCUUCAAUGGGGUUGGGAAAGACGGCGGAGGUAGUACCCCAGCAAUCCCCGAUCCAGAUCAACGCAGCGUCUCAGCUGCAGACUCCGACAACGGACGCCCUCUCGACCACCGGGAAAAGCACAGCGGAACAGCCACAGAGAGAUGCGGAAAGCUCUCGCGAUCGAACAACACAAGCAAUGGGGGAUGCGAGCGUUAUCACAUCAGACGCGGCCCACCCCACCACGGCGUCGGCCGCAGAGGUGUGCGCCGCCAGCGACAGGGUGGGAGGCCUCGGCGUCGACACGGCCGCAGAGCUCACCAAAGACAAGCGGCCCGAACCCGAGGGCGAAGUGGCAGCUGAGGAGAUCCCCCACAGCAAGCCUGCACCCACACCCACACCUGCACAGGACACACAGAGAGAUGUGGCCCCCUGCACCUCUUCCUCCCCCACCCCCCAGACCACCAAAGACGACGUCCCCGCUUCCGCAAGGCUAAAGAAGUCCGCUUCGGAGUCGGUGUCCUCCCCUUUGUGCCCGCACCCCGAGACCCCCACGGCGCACCUGGUCAUCACCUCCCCGCUGUUCACCAGCACGCCCACUGGCGGCGCGGAGGAGGAGGACGGCGCCUUGCCCUCGGAGGGUGGCAAGGACGAGUGGCACAGCACGGUGGCGGUGAGCCAGCAUCACGCGGCUGGCGGAGAAGGCGGAGACGACUGCACGCAGGAGCAGGAGGAGGAGGAGCAGCUGGAGUUUGAGCGCGUGGCCGCGGGUCUCAUCACGGAGAUCAUCUCAGCGGCCGCCCAGGAGGUCCAGAUGAGCAGCUGCGAGGGCACGAGCGAUGUCGGGUAUGCCAGCAGCAGCACCACCAAAUCUCCAGCCCAGGCGGCAGGAACGCCAGUUCUCAACGGCAGGCCGUACUCUGCAACCACGCACGUCGACGGCACCCAACAGCAGGCCGACGAGAUGGAUUCCCCCGCACAGCAAUCUCGAUUGCAGGGAGCCUCGCGCUCUGCGGGCCGUGCGUCAGACAAGGAGAUGGCCAACGGCUGCCUGACGUCGUCGCCAUCGUCAUCCACGUGGGAAUACUGCACAGACAGGACGGCGGCCGAGCCAGUCAAAGCCUCCACGUCCAAGUCCAAGGCACAGGCGGCCGAGGACAGCCAGACGGCAGGCGAGGACUCUGGCUGCUACCAGUCGGAGGACGGGAUGAGCAGCGACGUCCACAGUACGGCCGCCGCGGGGCUGCUGCUGUCGGACGCGACCCCCAGAGCGGCUUACGCGCACGUCCAGAAGCGCUCCCCGACGUCGUCCCUGGGCUCCUCGGAGGUGGAUACCCCGCGGCUGAUGGAGAGCCCCUCUCCGAUGGUGCUGGAGGAGGCCGUCCUGGCCCGGCACGAGGCCGCCACCGCCCUGCAGGCCCCGCUCACUGCUGCCUCCCUGAGGAACGGAGGGCACAUGGCCGGCAGCGAGGCUGAGGCCGACCAGUCUGGAGGUUCAGAUGUGAACAGUAUGGACUCUGUGGACAGCGGCUGCACGCUGGGCGCCAGUGAUGCUCUGAGCACGGGCAGUCAGCCCUCAGCCUCCUCCAGCUCUGAAAUGAUCGUCUGGGAGAUCGAGGUGCCAAAGCAUCUGGUGGGGAGACUCAUUGGAAAACAAGGGAGAUACGUGAGCUUCCUGAAGCAAAGCUCAGGAGCAAAGAUCUACAUCUCGACUUUGCCUUACACGCAGGAGUUCCAGAUAUGCCACAUGGAAGGAUCACAACAACAGGUGGACAAAGCACUGGCCUUGAUUGGCAAGAAGUUCAAGGACUUGGACUUGACGAACCUGUACGCGCCCCCUGCCAUGCCCCUCUCGCUGCCCUCACUGCCCAUGACCUCCUGGCUGCUCCUCCCCAACGGAGUGACGGUGGAGGUGAUCGUGGUGAACAUCGUCUCCCCCGGCCACAUGUUCGUGCAGCAGCAUACCCACCCCACCUACCACGCCCUGCGCAGCCUGGACCAGCAGAUGUUCCUCUGCUACUCUCAACCGGGCACGCCGGCUCUGCCCACCCCUAUCGAAGUGGGAGUGAUCUGUGCAGCGCCGGCGGGCGAGGGCUCGUGGUGGAGGGCACAGGUCAUCUCCUUCUACAAAGACGCUAACGAGGUAGAGAUCCGCUACGUGGACUACGGCGGCUACGAGCGGGUCAAAAUCGACACACUUCGCCAGAUAAGGUCAGACUUUGUCAGUUUACCCUUUCAAGGAACAGAAGUGCUUCUGGAUAACCUACUGCCUCUUCCAGGUGAAGAUCGGUUCUCCACAGAAGGAAAUGCUGCUUUGGAGGAAAUGACGAGAGGCGUACCACUACUUGCACAGGUCACAAACUACGACAACAACACAGGCCUGCCAAUGGUCCAGAUGUGGAACAUGGUUGGAGAAGAGUGUGUGCUGUUGAACCGCACCCUGGCAGAACGAGGUUUUGGCACUUGGGUGGACAACUUCUGAGUCGCACCUCUUCCAUAGCCUCGCCGCCCGCCCGCCCGUACCCCUAUCCUCCCUCACCCCGUCCCUCUCAAACAAGGAAAACGGAAAAAGAGACAUACUACUUCCCUCUCCCCCACUUACACCCAUCCUUUUCAACCUGAAGUGCACACCACUCUUUUGGGAAGAUGUUUUUUUUGCUUUAUUUUGGGGUUUUUGAUUGUUAAUUUUCUUUCUAAAAAAAAAAGGAAAUCUGAAGAACUUUAUUUAAAAAAAAUGUUAAAAAAAGAAAGUCAAGCUAUAACAAUAAGCCAAUUCUCCCUACAUCAGAACACACAUUCACAGACACACACACCGAAUACUCCCCCUUCUCGCUCUCUGCUAAGGACUGGGAUGGGAGCAGCAGCUACUUGGCCCGUUUGUAAAUUUCAAGAAGAAUAAGAGGGGACAAAAAAAGCAAAUCUUCAUAGUCAAGAACUUUUAAUAGCUUUUUUUUCGUCCCUCCGUCCUUUCACAACAGUAUUUUCCUCCACCCACCGGCAUUCGCGACAAACCCUGUCAAUGGAUUUUUGUUUAUGUUUCAUGGAUGUCUAAGGCUUGACUCAAAAAAAGGAAUAAUGUACAUUUCAGAGGAAAUUACUUUUUUAGGUAUGUCUUUUCUGCAUGUACAGUACUAGCAGACACAAUGAAUUAUUAAGGCGCUCAUCAAAAAAAGCAGAUGGUCUCGUUUGUCUUGAGAUUGUUGUACGCUUUUCCAUUGUAAAACGGUUCGUCCAAUCCACUGUGCGCGCAACAUGCUUUGCAGGAUUCUAUGAAUGUCAUGCUUCUGGGAGGAAAAGGGUAUUUUAUCACACCUAUAAUCACUACAAGAAAUAGUUUUUUUUUUUAACCUUACCAAAAAGAGAAAUAGAACUCGAAUCCAUGUGAAAUGUCACUGUGACAGAAGAAGAGAGAAAAAAAGGAUUACAAAUGUCAGAUCUGGCCGUCAUGAGUUGUGGGGGUCGAUGGUGUAAUGUUGUCAUUGUCGGGAUUUUGAAGGAGACACCCUCUCACAAAUUCUUUGCUCGAGAAAGCCCAUGUGUUACGUCCCUGUUCCCCCCCUCUUCCCCUCUCCUCCCCGUCUAAACAUCUCCUGUCUGUAUAACACUGUGGCCUUAAACACAGGGAGAGAGCAUGUGGGGUUGUGGGGUGUCUCCUGUGACAGCCAGAGCAGACGGAAGAGCUGUUCUCUGCUCUGCUCACCCUCCCUCCCCACACUCACGCGUGCUGCACGCACAGCUAUUAAACACACACACACGCGCACACUUUUGCAGACAGUUGCGUGAGAAGAGGAACCUUGUGCUUAAUUGAAGCCCCUGAUGGUGCUGCGGCCAAACAACUUGGUGCAUUCUCGCAGUGUUUCUGAUCCUCUUGUUUCGAUUUAAAGGGAAACGGCUGAAGCUUGUUCAGCAGUGAGACCUGGGAUGGCAAUAGAAUGUUCAUGGAGAAUAGGCAGCUAGUGGGGCAAUAAGCCGUGUUGGGUUCUGUGGUGCUGGUGUCGUGUAGUGUGGUGGUGUGGUGUGGGUGUGGGUGUGCAUUGUGUCGCAACACAUCCCCCCCAUGCUGUCUUUUUGCGGCACACCUGUUGGGUGGGCCAGUGCUGUAUGGGACCAUUAAAUCACAGAAGUGUAAACAGUAUUCUAAUGUCAGUGAAAGAUGAGGGCCGUUGGAUAUACACUACAGCAUCCUGAUUGGAUGAACACUAGUAUACAUCAUCCUUAUUGGAUAACGGACAUCAGUGUACAACCAAUUAACGGACACUAGUAUGCAGCAUCCUUACUGGAUAAUGAACACUAGUAUGCCAUGUCCUUACUGGAUAACGAACACUAGUAAACAUGAUCUGUAGUGGACAGUGGACGCUGGCAUACAACAUCCUUAUUGUUGAUGGACACUAGUGUGUGCAAAGACGGCAGUGGCAAGAUGCCAGAGACAGAAGAAGAGGCAAGUCGUAUAUCGGUCAAUAACAGAAUGGCUACUAGUUAAAGAACAACGUUAAUUGAGCGCCUGUGCGUGUACGUGUUUUUGUCUGCGUCUGGUUUGCAUGUUAGCCUUGUCCACAAGAUCACACGCCUCCUGUUUUUACUAACUGUGUUGCUUCUUCAUGCCCUCAUGAGCUGUAAUCGUCACCCAAUGCUACAAGCCCACUGGCCUGCCCCGUUUCCUCACCGCCCCCAUAAGGAAGCCAGUGUGAGGGGGGUGAUGGGAUCAGGCAUCAUGGUGCUCUAUGGCCAGUAACCCCCAAUCCCUAGCUUAGCUUAGAUUACCCUAGCACAGCAUCACCGCUCUGCACAUACAUCAAGUAUCAAUACUGAUAUAGGUGUGUUUGGAACUUCUACAAACUAAUCUGAAGUUUAUGUACACUCGUAACUUGAUCGGUUGGAAAGAAACGGACUUGGACAGGAACUUUUGGGAAUAUACUCACACAACCUCAGUGAAGGCUGUAAAACAGACUUCCUGUUUGUAAUUUUUUUCUUGUUUUUGUUUAAUUAUCAUAGGAUAUGUGGGGGCACUGCGCUGACAAGAUAAACCAAGUAAUAGUGUUUAUUUCCUUUAGUCACAUGUUUGUUUUGUUUGUGGGGAUUAUUCAAGCUUCCCUUUCAGCAUUCUGUUUUUGUUUUGGGUUUUGUUUUUUUUUCUUGCCUCUUUGUCCAGUAUAUUAUAUACUUGUGUGUUUGUUUUGUGUGAUGACAUCUAAAUGGUUGUGACCCUUUCAAACAAAAAGUCCCAUUGUUUUCAAAAUGCUGUCUGUAGAUUUUAAAUGUCAUGAUCUGACACUAAGUAUCAUCAUCAUCGUCAUCAUAUACCCUUUAGCCAAUCGGCUCCAUAGCUCUAUGUCAUGUCACCUUCUGGGUUCUACUGAAGUCACAUGGUGAGGUGAGGCUGCUCUGUCUGAAGUCGGAGCCUUUUGGUAAAGUCUGCGCGGUUCCUUUUAAACCGUUAUUUAUAAUAUCACUACUGUUGGUCUGGUGGGUCAUGUGACAAGACAUUAGACUGUAAUCCAAAAAAGUGACUGCUUAAACAGAAGCAUAUACCGUUAACUUUUAAAGAAAGGGACGUCCCUGAAUUGUCUGCAAGAUGAGCAUGUAUGUUUACCUUUCCUUCCUCUUGUAAACUUGAAAGUCCAAACUCAUUCACGUCAUGCUUUCAGGCUUCAUGCCUCGCAGUCCAAGCCUCGGGAAAGGUACAUGACUAUUUAAAACCUCUUCUACAUCCUCUAAGGACCAUGAAUUGUUGAUUAAUUUUCCUCAUGUAAUGGUUUGACCAUCAUGUGGUUGACAAUGUAUGAUUUGUGUUCAGAUGAAGGAGACCUUAGUGGUAUAAUUCCAGAAAGCUUGUUUAGGAGUCCACAUACUCAGCUAUGGAGCUGAUGUCAACUUUCUUAUAGAGGGAGCUUGUGGGCUUGGUUGCCAUUUGCCCACCUGGGUUGGUUACUAAAUCACUUUCUUGGAAUGCCCCUUUGAAGAUUGUACUGAAUUUGACCAUCCAAAGGCAUUUUCAUAUCUCUGUUGAUAUGGCCCCUUCAUGUCACCAUAGACUGAAAAAAUGAGCUGUGCACUACAUUUAGUUAUGUCAUGACUUGAGACCCGGGGGUAAUGGACCCCUUGGUCGUUUUUUAGCCAAUAAGAAUCACAUAUGCACUGGUUGGAUCUUUCAAUGGUCUGGUCAGCUGGUGUUGUCAUAAGAUCUAAGAAAUUGUAGUCCAAUAUUUCUGACUUAUUUUUUCCCCCAAUUGCCUUUUGCUUUUCAGAAACACUGUUGAACUUGUAACACUGAAGCAUACUGAUGGUUUGAGUCCUUGGUUUCCUGUGAAGUUUGAAAGCCUACAUGGUUGAUGUCUUCCUUUUUUCGUUUGACCAUUACAUUACCCUCCUCUUGUACUGUCCUUCUGCUUCUUCACCUGUCCGCUUCUCUGGUACAGUGGUGCAUCUAAUGCCUCUUGUGUACAUUUCACACCAAAACUCAGACCAUCUUCAUCUUCCCCCUUUCUGCUAGAGUGGAGAAGUGUGUGGCUUGACUAUACGAGAUUGUUUUUUGUUUUCUUUAAAAAAAAAAAAAAAAAUCAAAUUGUGCAAGUCUGUGUAAAUAAGAUAUUUCACUGUACUUUUGUAACACACUGGAGAGUUUCAAAUAAAAAAAGGGAAACUGUUCAUCCAAACCCACCUCACCACCAUCUUCCCUUCUAUAAAUGAAAUCCGCUCAAGAGUUCUUGUAUCGAUAGGACUGGUUUGAAGUGUUUUUGGUUAGGUAGGAUUAUAAUUGGUUAUUUAAAAAAAUGGAGUGCAAGCAAUCCUGCCUCUGGUUCAGAUGCGUGAACUGGUCAGUUUUUGCUAUAACUCAUGAAAGGUUUGAUUUGAUUUUUUUGUUUUUUUUUUUGUUUUGUUUUUUUCUUUUGGGUUGUACAGCUCUUUUGGGGGGAAAGUAAUAAAUAAAAGUAUGAAAAUGGA